UAUUAUUUUUUGUUAAUGUAUAUCAGGUAUAGGAUACUGGCAACAACAACAGUGUCAACAUUUGUAAAAUAUGUUUUCUACGUCAGCGACAUGCUUAUGGAAGGACAAUGGGAAAAAAAGGCAGUCUACACCUUUUACUUGGAACUUGUCAGGGACUUGCUGCACUUGUCUAUGUAUCUGUGCUUCUUUCUUGUGAUUUUCGUGAACUAUGGUGUGCCUCUGCACUUGAUUCAGGAGCUCUAUGAGACAUUUCGUAACUUUAAGGUUCGGGUUAACGAUUACAUUCGUUAUCGGAAGAUCACUUCAAAUAUGAAUGAUCGUUUUCCAGAUGCAACACCUGAAGAGCUCAAUGCAAGUGAUGCAACCUGCAUCAUUUGUCGUGAGGAGAUGACUACAGCCAAGAGACUAAGUUGUGGCCAUCUGUUUCAUGUGCACUGCCUCCGGUCAUGGUUAGAGCGACAACACACAUGUCCUACUUGCAGAGCCCUUGUUUCACCACCUGAAAAUGGGACUAGUACUUCUGGAUCACGGGCAGAUGCUCACCAACAAGGAACAGGCACAGCAAGUACACCUUCUCAGAAUCCAACUGGAGAUGAUGUAGCAAAUAACACUAUCAGCCAGCAUCAGACCAGACUCCAAGCUGCUGCUGCCGCGGCCUCAAUAUAUGAGAGAUCUUUUGUUUAUCCUUCAGCAAAUACAUUAGUGUGGUAUACAAUUCUUUUCGCUGUUAUACUGAUGUCUUUUACUUCCUGAUGCAUUUACAUUGUUGCUACUCCCAUUGCCAUUAUUGUUGGUCUUGUCCUGCAAAUGAAAAAGAAAAAGAAAAAAGUGCAUUACAUGGGGCUUUUGCCUACUAAAGUUCAAAAAGUUGGUAGGCAUCCUUUAUUUGAUAUGAUGCUUCAACUCAUCUGUCAAAAUACUUGAUUAUUCCUUCUUUUUUGACAUUUUUUUUUUCUUAAUUAACUAUACUCAUCUGAGAUUUUUUAAUAUAAGUUAUCUUGGCCAGCAAGCUAGAGUUCUAAUGGAGAGGAGAGGAGUCUUGGCAUGUCCUACAACUCAAUGCAAGCCCUAGGGCAAUCAAGCGCCCCAAGUUUAAGAGGCCGGGGACUCUGUUGUCCUCUAUCCUGAACCUGAGUAGAAUCAAUCACUUGUCUUUCCCAUUACCUUCCUUAGCAUUUAUGCUUCAACAAUUAUUCAUCAAUAAGGUAUCUAUAUCACAUUAAAAAAACUCCCAAUCAUGGAUCGAAAUUUUGUUUUGGUUAGCUUGGAAACAAAAUCAUCUUGGAAACACAAGGGGAAUGACAAGAAUUUUGGAAAUGUAUAAAAAUGUUAGGAAUAAAAAACUAAAACCCAUAUAAAUGUUAAUAAAUUCUCAACUAUUAAAUAAUUGAACAUGUUGAGGUAUAUGAAUAUUUGAUUAACAAAAUGUUUAAAAACUUAAUUAGGAAAGGGGGUUUGCCAUUGUAAGAAAAUUGUGAAUUUCUAGUUGUAGUAGGGAUAGAAAAAGAAAAGAAAGAAAAAAUACCAGUGUCAGUGACAGUCUUUAUUAAAAAAUGUACUUUGCAAUUACAAAUAUAGAGAAUAGGUGACUUAAUCAUGCUUGUUUUAUCUCUCUCUCUCUCUCUCUCUCUCUCUCUCUUGUUUUUCUUUCAAAUUUCACAGAUUCUUUAAUAUUCUAUUCUCAUAGCUUGUUUUCUAUAGGUUUGAGAGAGAGAGAGAG